GGGCGGUGAGACAAUCCGGAAGUGGAUGGAAAGAGAGGUGCCACUUGGCGGCCAUGGCAGCUGUAGUAUCGGCGACUCCGGGUCAAGGCCCGGCCGAGUGGAGUACCAUGGGCAGCACCGGGUAUAGGGCAGAGACAGCCUUGUGUCAACUUUGCUGCUGAACCCCUAGGACCCAUCGUUAGAGACGUGCAGGACUCCUUUCCUCAUCCCAGGCUCGGAGGAGAGUUUGCUGGGACUGGUGGGCUGGUUUCCUGCCCUGGGGGGCGGAUCACCUGCAGGGCCGCCUCUUGGAGACUGGGGCGUCUAGGGAACGAACAGGUUCGCUUGGGUUACUUACCCGCUGCCGCCUAAGACGUUGUGCCACCCUCAUUCCGACAAUCGAAGAAAUUGAUCAUUCGCACAUUUUCACCAUUGACUUUUCGCAUCUCUCUUAACCCACGAGAAUCUGUGACUGGCAUCUGAGAACCCAGAGCCUGGGACCUUAGAUUGCUGUAAGCUUUCUCUGGUGCUAAUAUUAGCAAAAAGGAUCUGUUUCCAGGUACUUUCAAGAGGAAGGUGCCUCGUGAACACAUCUGCUGGUGGGAAGGCCUAAAGAACUGGAAAGCCCACUCUCUUUGCACCACCACACGUGUUUAAAGAACCUAAGCACCUUUUAAAGCCACUGGAAAUUUGUUGUCAAGUGGUGGUGGGUGAAUAAAGGAGGGCAGAAUGGAUGAUUUCAUCUCCAUUAGCCUGCUGUCUCUGGCUAUGUUGGUGGGGUGUUACGUGGCUGGCAUCAUUCCCUUGGCUGUUAAUUUCUCAGAGGAGCGACUGAAGCUGGUGACUGUUUUGGGUGCUGGACUUCUCUGUGGAACUGCUCUGGCGGUCAUCGUGCCUGAAGGAGUACAUGCCCUUUAUGAAGACAUUCUUGAGGGAAAACACCACCAAGCAAGUGAAACACAUAAUGUGAUUGCAUCAGACAAAGCAGCAGAAAUGUCAGUUGUCCAUGAACAUGAGCACAGCCACGACCACACACAGCUACAUGCCUACAUUGGUGUUUCCCUCGUACUGGGCUUCGUUUUCAUGUUGCUGGUGGACCAGAUUGGUAACUCCCAUGUGCAUUCUACUGACGCUGAUGGUGUUGCUUUGGGAGCAGCAGCUUCUACUUCACAGACUAGUGUCCAGUUAAUUGUGUUUGUGGCAAUCAUGCUGCAUAAGGCACCAGCUGCUUUUGGACUGGUUUCCUUCUUGAUGCAUGCUGGCUUAGAGCGGAAUCGAAUCAGAAAGCACUUGCUGGUCUUUGCACUGGCAGCACCAGUUAUGUCCAUGCUGACAUACUUAGGACUGAGUAAGAGCAGUAAAGAAGCCCUUUCCGAGGUGAACGCCACGGGAGUGGCCAUGCUUUUCUCUGCCGGGACAUUUCUUUAUGUUGCCACAGUACAUGUCCUCCCUGAGGUGGGCGGAAUAGGGCACAGCCACAAGCCCGACACCACAGGAGGGAGAGGCCUCAGCCGCCUGGAGGUGGCAGCCCUGGUUCUGGGUUGCCUCAUUCCCCUCAUCCUGUCAAUAGGACACCAGCAUUAAAUGUUCAAGGUCCAGCCUCGGUCCAAGGCCGUUUGCCAUCCAGUGAGAACAGCCGGCGAGGAACAGCUACUCACUUCCUCAAUCUCUUGUCUCGCCUUGCCCAUCUCCACAUGUAUUCCUAGAGUCCGGAGGGAGGUGAGAUUAAAACCUGAGUAAUGGAAAAGCUUUUAGAGUAGAAACAUGUUGCAGUUAGCUAUAGACAUCCCAUUGUGUUAUCUUUGAAAAGGCCCUUGACAUUUUGAGUUUUAAUGUUUCUCUUGACCCUAUUCUCAGGGAAGAUGAAAUUUAGUUUUAAGGAAAAGAGGAGAAUUUCAUACUCACAUCGAAAUAGUAAUUAUGAAAAUACAGUGUUCUGUAAUUCAGUUUCUGCUUAGUUUAGAGGCUCUGCCACUUUAUCCAUUGAUUUUUAACAUGGUUCCCACCAUGUAAGACUGGUGCUUUAGCAUCUAUGCCAUAUGCCUUGAUGGAAGGUCAUAGCACCCACUCUCUUAGAUGCUAAAGGUGACUGUAGUUAAUUUGGGAUUAGAGUCAGGAAAAUGAUGGCAAGACACAUUGAAAGCUCACUUUAUACUCAAAAGAGAUACCCAUUUAAAGGGGAUGUCUAGAGGGACUUAAACAGCUCCUUUUGCACAUGCCUCUCUGAAUCCAGCCUGCCAUUCCAUCAAAUGGAGCAGGAGGGGUGGGAGUAGCCUCUGAAGAGGUGACUGGUAUUUUGUAGCAUUCCUUUUCAAGUUCUCUUUGCAGAAUAUCUGUCUCCACAUUCUUAGAGAGGAGCCAAGUUCUAGUAGCUU